AUGGAUCAAACCCACACACGAGCCCUAGAGGCUCUCCAACCAUUCAUCCACCUAGCCCGCUCCAACAGCGCAGGCUCGCCUCGCUUUAUUGCCAAUCUCAUCACAAAUGCCACUUCAAGCACGCAAACCUACGUCUUCGCAGAGCUGCUCGAGCUGCCGGCAGUCCAAGCAUUACGGUCACCAGACACUCCAGCCGAGUUUAAGGGAUAUCUGAAGCUACUAGAGAUCUUCGCGUGGGGCACAUGGCAAGAAUAUCAAAAGAACCAAACCCCCACACCUCCACACCCCCAAGCUACCAGAACCAAAGCUAACCACCAACACCCCGCACCAGCAACUCCAAACCUCCCCGAGCUGAACACUGAACAAACCCUCAAACUCCGCCUCCUCUCACUCCUAACCCUCUCAACAACAAUCAAACCCCUCACCUACAGCGCCCUGAUGACCGCCCUCAGCACCCCCACAAAAGCCGAGCUCGAAUCCCUCGUAACAACAGCCAUCUACGCCUCCCUGAUAACAGCACGCCUCUCACCAGCCUCCAACCCACCAUCCGUGAACGUGACGGCCGUCGCCCCACUCCGCGAUGUGCAACCCCAGUCCCUCCCUAAGAUGAUCGCCAACUUGAGCGAGUGGGAAUCCCGCUGCGGCGAGGUCGUCUCCGAUCUGGAGGCGGAGAUUGCGCGCAUCAAGAGCGACGCUGCAAAGCGUGCUGCACGCGCCCAGGCGCACAAUGAGGCGCUCGAGCAGGCCGUUAAGAGGAAGCAAAGUGCGGGGAAGAAGGGUGGUCGGCGCGGUGGUCGGCUUGGCGCUGGCAUUGGAGGGAGUAAGAGGGAUGCAGACGAUAUUGAUGAGGAUGACGGAUUCUUUGAGACUUAUGAUGGCGGUGAGAAUGGCUCGCGCAUGGAUAUUGAUGAGGCGCCUGGCGCUCGUGCGGGAAACAGUCGGCAGCCAAAGAGGGUGUUGGGGCGCAAGUCUUGA